CACCAAGUGGUGCUGUGCUAUAUUUCUUGGGUAGGGCCCGGAUGUUUCGAGGAUGCGCUGCUUUUUUUCCUUAGGUGGCAGUGGUAAGGAACCGUGUCUGGUGUUUGACUCUGUUAUGGGGAUCAGGUAAUAUUAACCACGAUCAUACAGAGGAGGAAUAUCUCAAGCUCUUUAUUUUUUUUUUUUUGUUUCUUUGUUUUUGUUUUGUUUGUUUUGUACAACACUCGCUUCUUCACAUUCAUCAACGAAUACACUGGACUAUUGUUUUUGUGGUCAACGAAAGCAAGAAGAUGUACAUUCCAGAGGAAAACCAUCAAGGCUCCAACUACUCGAGCCCAUGUCCAGACCCUGCCAGUCUGAAUGCCCACUGCGAGGUAGGCUUGGCGCCGGAGCACAUCCCAAGGCCAGGAGCAGCCCUCACCUGGCAGGCUGCCAUCGAUGCAGCUCGCCAGGCCAAGUUGAUGGGCACCAGCGCCCCCAUAUCCACUGUCAGCUCCACCCAGCGCAAGCGUCAGAACUACGGCAAGCAGAAGAAGCAGGGCACCGCCGCCACAACGCGCCCCCCUCGCGCCCUGCUCUGCCUCACGCUCAAGAACCCCAUCCGCAGAGCCUGCAUCAGCAUCGUAGAGUGGAAAUCCUUUGAAAUAAUCAUUUUGCUGACUAUUUUUGCUAACUGCGUGGCCUUAGCUGUCUACAUUCCUUUCCCUGAAGACGACUCCAAUGCCACCAACUCCAAUCUGGAACGGGUGGAAUAUCUCUUCCUCAUCAUUUUCACAGUGGAAGCAUUUUUAAAAGUAAUAGCCUAUGGACUUCUGUUUCACCCCAAUGGUUACCUCCGCAACGGAUGGAAUUUACUAGAUUUUAUUAUCGUGGUGGUAGGGCUUUUCAGCGCUAUUUUAGAACAAGCAACGAAAGCAGAGGGAACGAACCCGAUAGGCGGGAAGGCGGCAGGAUUUGAUGUGAAAGCUCUCCGGGCCUUCCGAGUCCUGCGUCCUUUGAGACUGGUGUCCGGCGUUCCCAGUCUUCAGGUAGUAUUGAACUCCAUCAUUAAGGCCAUGGUGCCCCUACUGCACAUCGCCUUGCUGGUACUGUUUGUAAUCAUCAUCUACGCCAUCAUAGGACUGGAACUUUUCAUGGGCAAAAUGCACAGGACUUGCAUGUUCUUCAGAGAUGGCCUAACAGGAAUGGCUGCAGAGGAGAAGCCGGCCCCCUGUGCCCCGGACACAGCGCACGGGCGGCACUGUAAAAACAGCACCAAAUGCGAGAUGGGCUGGGUGGGGCCCAACGAUGGCAUCAGCAACUUCGAUAACUUUGCCUUCGCCAUGCUCACCGUCUUUCAGUGCAUCACCAUGGAGGGCUGGACUGACGUGCUCUACGACAUGCAGGACGCUAUGGGUUAUGAGCUCCCUUGGGUCUAUUUUGUCAGUCUGGUUAUCUUCGGAUCCUUUUUCGUUCUAAAUCUGGUUCUGGGGGUGUUGAGCGGCGAGUUCUCGAAGGAGCGAGAGAAGGCCAAGGCGCGCGGAGACUUCCAGAAGCUGAGAGAGAAGCAGCAGCUGGAGGAGGAUCUGAAGGGGUACCUGGACUGGAUCACCCAGGCAGAGGACAUUGACCCCGAGAACGAGGAAGAGGGGCUGGGCGAGGAGAAGCCACGCAACCUGAGCAUGCCUACCAGUGAAAAUGAAUCUGUGAACGCAGACAGGGGGGCAGCAGGGGAACUGGAAGGAGAAAACUGUUACACUCAACUUGUAAAUAGGAUCUCCAAAUCCAAGUUCAGUCGGUACUCGCGGAGGUGGAACCGGUUUUGCCGGAGGAAGUGCCGAGCGGCUGUGAAGUCAAACGUGUUCUACUGGCUGGUAAUCUUCCUGGUGUUCCUCAACACUCUGACCAUCGCCUCUGAGCACCACAAUCAAGUUGACUGGCUCACCGAGGUUCAAGACACUGCCAACAAGGUCAUGCUGGUCCUGUUCACAGCGGAGAUGUUGCUCAAGAUGUACAGCCUGGGCCUGCAGGCCUACUUCGUGUCGCUGUUCAAUCGCUUCGACAGCUUCAUCGUGUGUGGGGGCAUCCUGGAGACCAUAUUGGUGGAGACCAAGGUCAUGUCACCGCUGGGCAUCUCGGUGCUGCGCUGCGUGCGGCUGCUCAGGAUCUUCAAGAUCACCCGGUACUGGAAUUCCCUGAGUAACCUGGUAGCAUCCCUGCUGAACUCAGUGCGCUCCAUUGCCUCCCUCCUCCUACUGCUCUUCCUAUUUAUCAUCAUCUUCUCCCUGCUCGGCAUGCAGCUCUUCGGGGGCAAGUUUAACUUCGAUGAGAUGGAGACCCGGAGGAGCACCUUCGACAACUUCCCCCAGUCCCUGCUCACUGUCUUUCAGAUCUUGACCGGAGAAGACUGGAACUCUGUGAUGCACGAUGGAAUCAUGGCCUAUGGCGGACCCUCUUUCCCCGGAAUGCUGGUCUGCAUUUACUUCAUAAUCCUGUUCAUCUGUGGAAACUAUAUCCUGCUGAAUGUCUUCUUGGCCAUCGCUGUGGAUAACCUGGCGGAUGCCGAGAGUCUGACGUCGGCCCAGAAGGAGGAAGAGGAGGAGAAGGAGAGGAAGAAACUGGCCAGGACUGCCAGUCCGGAGAAACAUCCUGACAAUGAGAAGCAACCGAUUGAAGAGGAGAAAAAAGAAGAGAAAAUCGAGCUGAAAUCAAUCACGGUCGAUGGAGAGAUGCCACCCACAACCAAGAUUACUAUUGAUGAACUCCCAGUGGAUGACAAUGAAGAGAAAAAUCCAUACCCUGACUUCCCAGGUACAGGUGAUGAUGAAGAGGAGGAGCCCGAGAUGCCCAUGGGCCCACGGCCACGUCCGCUAUCUGAUGUGCAUCUGAAGGAGAAGGCCGUCCCCAUGCCCGAGGCCCGGGCCUUCUUCGUCUUCAGCCACACUAACGAGUUCCGGAUCUCCUGCCACAAGAUAGUGAACCACAACGUCUUCACCAACCUCAUCCUCUUCCUCAUCCUGCUCAGCAGCAUCUCCCUUGCAGCCGAGGACCCUGUACGGAAUGACUCCUUCAGGAACAAGAUCCUGGGAUAUGCCGACUAUGUCUUCACUGGCAUCUUCACGAUAGAGAUCAUCCUGAAGAUGACUGCCUAUGGAGCUUUCCUCCACAAAGGAUCCUUCUGUCGGAACUACUUCAACAUCCUGGACCUAGUGGUGGUCAGCGUGUCUCUCAUCUCCUCUGGCAUUCAGUCCAGCGCCAUCAAUGUGGUGAAGAUCCUCAGAGUCCUGAGGGUGCUGAGACCUCUGAGAGCUAUCAACAGAGCCAAGGGGCUGAAGCAUGUGGUCCAGUGUGUAUUUGUGGCUAUACGGACCAUUGGAAACAUCGUUAUCGUCACCAGUCUGCUGCAGUUCAUGUUUGCCUGUAUUGGCGUCCAGCUAUUCAAGGGGAAGUUCUACACUUGUUCAGAUGGGUCAAAGCAGACAGAGGCAGAAUGCAGAGGAUACUACAUUGUGUACAAAGACGGGGAUGUGAGCAUGCCGGACAAAGCAGAGCGCAAGUGGGAAAACAGCGACUUCAACUUCGAUAACGUACCAACUGGGAUGCUAGCUCUCUUCACCGUCUCCACCUUUGAGGGCUGGCCGGGUCUGCUCUACAGAGCCAUUGACUCCCAUUCGGAAGACGUGGGGCCUAUCUACAACCACCGUGUGGAGAUAUCUAUCUUCUUCAUCAUCUACAUCAUCAUCAUCGCCUUCUUCAUGAUGAACAUCUUCGUGGGCUUCGUCAUCGUCACCUUCCAGGAGCAGGGAGAGCAGGAGUACAAGAACUGUGAGCUGGACAAGAACCAGCGCCAGUGUGUGGAAUAUGCCCUGAAGGCCCGUCCCCUGCGGCGCUACAUUCCCAAGAACCCCUACCAGUACAAGGUGUGGUACGUCGUCAACUCCACCUACUUCGAGUACCUCAUGUUCGUCCUUAUCCUCCUCAACACCAUCUGCCUGGCCAUGCAGCAUCAUGGCCAGUCUAUGUCCUUCAACAAUGCCAUGAAUGUGCUCAACAUGCUGUUCACAGGGCUCUUCACCGUGGAGAUGAUCCUCAAACUCAUCGCCUUUAAGCCACGGCACUAUUUUUGUGAUGCAUGGAAUACAUUUGAUGCCUUAAUUGUUGUCGGUAGCGUUGUUGAUAUAGCUAUCACCGAGGUGAACCCAGCUGACUCCGCCUCGUCUUCUCACUCCUCCAUGGUAAGAUCAAUGGGGCUGCAGAACACCGAAGACAACUCCCGGAUCUCCAUUACCUUCUUCCGGCUCUUCCGAGUUAUGAGACUGGUGAAGCUGCUGUCCCGGGGAGAAGGAAUACGGACCCUGCUGUGGACCUUCAUCAAGUCUUUCCAGGCCCUGCCAUAUGUAGCUCUCCUCAUAGUGAUGCUUUUUUUCAUCUACGCUGUGAUUGGGAUGCAGAUGUUUGGUAAGAUUGCUCUAAGGGACAACAGUCCUGUUAACAGAAACAACAACUUCCAAACCUUCCCCCAGGCUGUGCUGCUGCUCUUCAGGUGUGCCACAGGAGAGGCCUGGCAAGAGAUCAUGCUGGCCUGCAAACCCCCACGUCCUUGUGAGAGCGGCUCGGAGCCGGGACACAGCAGCGAGGAAGAGAACUGCGGCAGCCACUUCGCCAUCUUCUACUUCGUCAGCUUCUACAUGCUCUGCGCCUUCCUGAUCAUUAACCUCUUUGUGGCUGUCAUCAUGGACAACUUUGACUACCUGACGAGAGACUGGUCAAUCCUCGGACCCCACCACCUAGACGAGUUCAAGAGGAUCUGGGCUGAAUACGACCCGGAAGCAAAGGGAAGGAUAAAACACUUGGAUGUGGUGACUCUGCUGCGGAGAAUCCAGCCCCCCCUGGGUUUCGGGAAGCUGUGUCCUCACAGAGUUGCUUGCAAGCGGCUCGUCUCCAUGAACAUGCCUCUCAACAGUGACGGCACGGUCAUGUUUAACGCCACCCUCUUUGCUUUGGUACGAACUGCACUGCGGAUUAAAACUGAAGGUAACCUGGACCAGGCCAAUGAGGAACUCAGAGCAAUCAUUAAGAAAAUCUGGAAAAGGACCAGCAUGAAACUCCUGGAUCAAGUGGUGCCACCAGCAGGAGAUGAUGAAGUCACGGUUGGGAAGUUUUAUGCCACCUUCCUGAUCCAGGAGUAUUUCCGAAAGUUUAAGAAGCGUAAAGAGCAGGGGCUGGUUGGGAAGCCUAGUCAGAAAAAUUCUCUGUCCUUGCAGGCUGGCCUGCGCACUCUGCAUGACAUCGGGCCGGAGAUCCGCAGAGCGAUAUCGGGAGACCUGACCGUGGAGGAGGAGCUCGAAAAGGCCAUGAAGGAGACCGCUACGGCUGUGUCGGAGGACGAUCUCUCCAGGAGAGCUGGUGGCUUGUUUGGUAACCAUGUCAACUAUUACCAGAGCGAUGGCCGAAACACCUUCCCACAAUCCUUCACUACCCAGCGGCCCUUACACAUCAGCAAGGAGGGCUGCAGCCCAGACCUGGAAUCUCCAUCCAACGAGAAGCUAGUCGACUCCACCUUCACCCCAAGCAGCUACUCCUCAUCAGGCUCCAAUGCUAACAUUAACAACGCCAACAACACAGCCAUCGGCUGCUUCCCCAACCCUGCCACCUACCAGAGCGGUGUGAGCACUGUGGACUGGCCAGGUGCCCCCCUGACAGCCAGCUUGCGGGCAGCAGCCUGGCAACUCAGCUCCAAAAGGACACGUUAUGAAACCCUUGCACGCUCUGACUCUGGAGAUAGCCGCUUGCCCAUUAUCCGCCGGGAAGAGGCAUCUCCCGAUGAGACAUUUGACGAGAACUUCAACGACAACGCUGUGUACUGCAGCGAACAGAGCAUGCUGUCCUCUGAGAUGCUGGCAUACGAAGACGAGGAGAACAAACAGCUAACGCCCAUGGAGCAGGGUAGCAGGAAGGAGAAUGUGAAGACCUGGCAGUCCCCGACAAGAGCCUUCCUGUGCCCAAAAGCAUUAGGGAGAAGAUCGUCCUUUCAUCUGGAGUGUUUAAAGAGGCAGAGGAGCCACGCAACAGACGUGUCUCAAAACACUGCCCUGCCCCUUCAUCUUGUACAUCAUCAGGCCUUGGCGGUGGCAGGACUCAGCCCCCUGCUGCGCAGGAGCCACUCCCCAACGCUGUUCAGCCGCCUGUGUUCCACACCGCCCGCCACGCCCUGCACCCAGGGCCAUUCCUAUCAGCGCGUGCCCACCCUGCGGCUGGAGACCUCCAGCUCCCACGAGAAGCUCAACAGCAGCCUGCCCUCGGUGAACUGCGGCUCCUGGUUCGCAGACAAUGCUAACGGCAACCCGCAGCGGGUACGGCCAGUCUCACUCACCGUGCCCAGCCAGUGCAGGGACUCAGCACUGCAGAGCCACGGCAGUGCGUGCAGCCUGGUCGAGGCGGUUCUGAUCUCGGAAGGACUGGGCCGGUACGCCCAUGAUCCCACCUUCAUCGAGGUGACCAAGCAGGAGAUAGCUGAGGCCUGUGACAUGACGAUAGAGGAGAUGGAGAACGCUGCUGAUAACAUCCUCAAUGGGAACAGCCAGCCCAGCCCAAACGGCAACUUCCUGCCCUUCAUCACCUGCAGGGACCAGGGAGCUCGGGGGGAGCAGAGCGGACUGGAGGAGGAAGAGCAGGGGGAGCAGCAAGACUGUGGGGUAGCCGAGGAGGGCCUCAAGGAUGACAUGGUUUGCGAUAGCAGCCUGUAAAGAGAGGGCUUCAAAUGGGUUGGGCGCUCUCUAU